CCUAAUGCAUCUCGUGGGCCACCCUCUCGCCUCUUGUCUUCGCUCGUCUCCCUCUAUCUAGUGCAUCCAUCAUGGCCUCUGCUACACCACCAGUUGAACCAGCCAUCGCUGUGCCACAACCAACAAAGGGCAAGAAACCGCCCUACCCAUUCUACUUGGGUGGUCUCGCCGCAACCAUCGCAGCGUCAAUCACUCACCCUCUCGAUCUCACCAAAGUUCGCCUACAGGCAUCUGGCGAAAAGCGUAUGAUAGAAUCUAUGCGUAAGACUGUACGGACCGCAGGCGUACGUGGCCUCUUCGAUGGUAUCUCUGGCACGUGGCUGCGACAGAUGAGCUACUCUCUCUGUCGUUUCUGGGCCUACGACGAGAGUAAGAAAAUCCUUGGGGCUGGCCCAGACAGCCCUCCAUGGGUAUUGGCAACCGCAGGAGUCAUGGCUGGCAGUAUCGCAGGUGUAGUUGGAAACCCUGGGGAAGUCGUCAUGGUUCGCCUCCAAGGUGACUUUGCAAAACCACCCGAAAAGCGUUUCAAUUACAAGCAUUGUUUCGAUGCUGUGUACAGGAUCGUCCGCGAGGAAGGCGCUUCGUCCCUCAUGCGCGGUGUUGGACCGAACGUGAUCAGAAGUGUCCUGAUGAACGCAAGUCAGCUUGCUUCAUAUGACUUCUUCAAAUCCCAACUCCUCAAGACGAAUUACUUCCAGGACAAUGCUGUAUGCCACUUUACGGCCAGUUUUGCCGCGGGUACAGUAGCAACAACUGUCUGUUCCCCUGCAGAUGUCCUAAAAAGUAGGAUCAUGAAUGCCAGUGGACCUGGAUCUAGCUCCACAUUCAACGCCAUUCGUGCGUCGCUUGCCAACGAAGGGCCCAUGUUCGUGUUCAAGGGCUGGGUCCCUUCCUGGACACGUCUCCAGCCAACGACAAUCCUCAUUUUCCUUACACUGGAACAGUUGAGGCGGAUCGUAGAUUGGCAGCGAGGGACACUCUAAGUGUGCUGCCCUAAUUCACCCCCAUCCGCCAUCAUCUUUUGCUUAUAUCUACCGCAUUCUGACUUGACUACUUCUUACUCCCGUGUAUUCUGUAGGGCAUGGCGUUUCAUGUUGAGGAAGCGUUGUUACAUCUUGACC